GAUAACCCAACAGUUUGAAUAGAAAACUUAUACUUUCAUAGAAUUAAUUCUAUGAACCUUUUAACUGACAAAAUUCUUAAGGCUAUAAUUAUAGUGUAUACAAGUAUCUCUCAGACGGUUGAGGGAUCGAGGAGUCAGUGAGUCUGGUUGGUGAAUACUGUCCUGAAACUGUUAGACUCUUCUGUAAGAUUCCUGUGAAUUCUACUACUGCCACAACCAAAUCAAGAAUUGACCCCCCUCGAUCACAAAAAUUGCCAAGGAAAGAGUUAAACAUGAUGACAGUGUGCAGGCCAAGUGCAGUACUAAUCAUCUUAUUUUCAAUGAUAAGUGAAGAGGUGUACUCAUCAUCAGUGUCUCUGACUGUUGAGGGAGGAGUGAGUCUGGUUGGUGAACACUGUCCUGGAACUGUCAGACUGUUCUGUGAAGGAGUGGACCUCACACUGUUAGAAUGGAAGUUCUACCAUGAUGACAACAUGUAUUUGCUCAAACGCUUCGAUACUGAUAGUGUGAAUGAGACCACAAAAGUCUUUAAUGACUCAACAUUGGUCUCUGCAUCUGUCGAACUUGUUGAGUUGUCCCAGGACAAAAUUUUGAGAAUCUUUGCAAAUUUCUCAUCAGUUCUUUCUUUAGACAUUUCUCAAAUAGCCAUUGGGAUACAGAAGGUUUUCAAGAUCAGAUGUGGUGAUGCACAAAAAUUCAAUGAAACCUUAGUGAACAUCUCAAUAGUAGAAGAGACAGUACCCAAUGUCUAUAAUUUCAGUGUGAGCAUCAAUACUUCUAUACUGACAGUCACUUGGAAUCAAUACGCUGAAUGUUCACAAUACCAAGAGGAGAUCCUUUACAAUGUUUCCCUAAUUCUCUUUGAUGGUACAAAUGACAAUAAAAUUGUAAACAGUAGAGUGUGCACACCAACUUGCUCUGUAUCCUUUGAAGUUUUGGAAACUGGGAUCUAUGUUGUCGCCCUUCAAGCUAAAAACAACAUAGGGACAAGUAAUAUCACUACAUACAGUGGCAUCAUACCAGAAUCUAUUGUGUGUGAUCCUUCUACUCUUAUCAACGGGAGUCUUAGAAUUUUAUCGACUGAGUCUGAUUUCGCGGAGGGGUCAGAAAUAGUGCUCCAGUGUGACAAUGGUCUACUUCCCAGUCACCCAAGAACAGCAACUUGUGUUAAAGUUUCAGGAAGAGGAGAGUGGGUGCCAAAUCCUGCUGACCUACUUUGUGAAGAAGAGAAAUGCAGUGUUCUUCCAAAAAGGCUAACCAACAGCUCGUUACUCAAAUAUUCCUACACAAGCACUGGUGAAUAUUUAACUAUCAGGUUUUGGUGUGAAGAAGGAUACAAGCUCAUUGGACAGAAUAUCUUUGCCUGUAAUAGUACGUACCGGUGGAGUCUCGACCUUGAAGUCCUAAAGUGUUUACGACAAGAUUCCAAGGAAGUUUCUCUGACCAUCAAUGAAGUUGCUGUGAUUUCCACCAUUGUAACAUUUAUUGUGGCAAUGGUUUCUGGUUGUGCUUGUGGUGCUCUCUUGACAUACUGGUUCAUGCGGAAGAAGGCAGUGUUCUCCCCGGCAGCUGAUGGACAAGCUAUUAACGUAGGAUCCACUGUACCAGCUGGUCCUAUUUAUGAGGAGGUGUCACCCAAAGAGGAGAUUGAACUCAACAUUAACCAAGCGUAUGGACCAGUAUAGACGGUGUUAGUGUCCAUGUAACAUUCCAGCCAUUAUUAUGGUUAUAGUUAACGUUUUACAUAUUCAUGCAUGUGCAUAAAUUACAGAAUGAGAAGUAUAACUGAGCAUCACCUUAUUAUAAUUGUGGUGUCUUGAGUUUAUGGUAAUCAGAA